ACAACCCACGCCAGAUCAGCCGUGUGCCUGUUUACGUCAGAGUGCUGGACGUCAAUGACAACGCUCCAACAUUUGCCACCAAUUACGAGACGUUUGUGUGUGAGAACGCCAAGGCUAAUCAGAGGAUACAAACCGUGAGCGCCACAGAUCCAGACGAGCCAAUCGGAGGCCACCGAUUCUUCUUCAGUCUUGCACAGGAGGCUGCUGGGAAGGCCAACUUCUCUGUCCGUGAUAACAAAGACAACACGGCCUGGAUCCUAACACGGAGGAACAGCUACAACAGCCUGCAGAAGAGCAUCUACCACGUGCCUGUGGUCAUAUCUGACGGAGAGUUCCCCAUGCAAAGCAGCACCAACACCCUGACCAUCAGGGUGUGCACCUGCGACCGCGAGGGCAACAUGAAGCUGUGCAACGCCGAGGCGCUCACAGCGAGGGCGGGACUCAGCACCGGAGCCCUGGUGGCCAUCUUGCUUUGUGUCAUCAUACUUCUCA